AUGGCAACCUACCCCCGCCCAGACUUCCAACGCAAAGCCCUAAACUGGGCCUCCCUCGACGGAACAUGGUCCUUCAUCUUCGACGACGCAGACAAAGGCCGAACCCAGCAAUGGCAGAAAAAAGGAAUUCCGGAGCAAGCAGCAGCAGAAGCCGCAUCACCAGCCCAAAACAAACGGGACAUAAAAGUCCCCUACGCAUUCCAAACCCCAGCCUCAGGAAUCGGCCUCUACGAAGCUCACGAGGUAAUGUGGUACGAGCGUAGUAUCAGCGACAUACGCAGUGACGAAGAAGUCGCAAAUGGGAACAGAUUACUUCUUCGCUUUGGCGCUGUGGACUAUGACUGCUCUAUUUGGGUUGAUGGGAAUUAUAUCGGUGGGCAUCGGGGUGGUCAUGUUCCCUUUGACCUAGAUGUUUCAGACGCGUUUGCAUCUACCUCUGCCAAUGAGUCAAGCAAGGCGAGGAGCGCUCGGCUAACUCUCCGCGUCCGUGAUUCACCCUACGAUCUGGCCCAACCCCGCGGUAAACAGUUCUGGGGCCCGGUGCCGGAGAAUAUCUUUUACACGCCUACGGGCGGGAUUUGGCUUUCUGUUUGGUUGGAGAGUGUGCCUGUUAUGCGAAUUGGGUGUGGGAGUGGUGGGACGGUGUUGAGAUCAGAUGAUAUUGAGUCUGGUGAGCUUCAUGCGCAAGUUUCGGUUUUGGGACGGGGUGCGCGGGCGGCGUGUAGUGUUGAGAUUGAGGCGAGUCUUUAUGGGAAGGCUGUUGGGAAUGGCAAGGGGGAGCUUAAAGCGGAGAGAGAUUGGGUUGGGUUGGACUUUCUGGGUCCGAUGUUGCGAGUUUGGAGAAGGGGGGGGAACGCCCCGUUCAAUGUUGAGGGGUGUUGGUAUGAUGGUGUGGCAUUGUGGUCUCCUGAGCAUCCGAUUUUGUACGAUUUGACUCUUCGUCUUUACGACGAGGGUGGGAAGGUCGUGGAUGAAGUGCAGACGACGACUGGGAUGCGGAGUCUUUCGUGGCAGAAUGGCGAUGGGACGUUCCGAUUGAACGGCAAGCCUUAUUUCCAGAUGUUAUUUUUGGAUCAGGGAUAUUGGCCUGAAACAGGACUGACGCCCCCAUCGUCCGAGGCAUUGAAGCUCGAUAUCCAGAUGUCGAAGGAUCUUGGAUUCAACGGGUGCCGCAAGCAUCAGAAAGUCGAGGAUCCGCGAUUUCACUACUGGGCUGAUCGGCUAGGAUUCAUCGUUUGGGGCGAAAUGGCCAAUGCGUAUGAAUUUGGGCCGGAUUAUAUUGACCGCAUGAAUAGUGAGUGGACUGAGGCUGUUAAGAGGGAUAUCAAUCAUCCUUGUGUCAUUACAUGGACACCUAACAACGAGAGUUGGGCCUAUACCUCGUUGAAGGAUAAUAUCGAGCAGCGGAAUCAUAUUCGCUCUCUGUAUUACUUGACAAAAUCCUUGGAUCCGAGUCGACCUAUCAAUGAUAACUGCGGCUGGGAACAUGUCCUAACAGACCUAACAACUUACCACGAUUACUCCGACUCGGCCGAACUAUCAGAAACAUGCUCAAAGAUGGAAGGCGGGAUUCUGGCCCCGAAAGCUGGACACGAUAUGUUCUCAAGACCCAUCUACUCCGGCUUCGCAGGACACACACUCCUUGAUCCCGGAGCGCAACACAAAGCCGGUGCACCGGUCAUCUGUACCGAAUUCGGCGGCGUGAAUAUCGCGCCGGGCAAAGGUGGUCAGGCGGGCGAGCGUGAUUGGGGAUAUACCACCGCGACGGACAUUGAAGAUUUCCUGAAGCGGUAUGAGAGGCUUGUUAUGGGGAUUGUUAAGGGGGGACAUACUUGUGGACUUGUUUAUACGCAGUUGUGUGACAUCGAACAAGAAGUCAACGGUCUCUACUCUUAUGAUCGCAAGGAAAAGGUGCCCGUUGCAAGGAUAAAGGCCAUCAUGGAUGCCGCAAAGGAUUAUUACUAUGAUCAUGUUCAGACGCAUGGACCGAGGGGAAUAAAGAAGCUUCUGCAUUCUCUGCACCGGAGCUAG